AUGGGCAGUGACCCGCGGAUUCUGGCAGGAGGCCAGCGCGGAACGGGUGUAAGGCGUCGCGACGGUGUGGACGGGGUAGAUUCGUCCGAUUCGGCAAGCGAGGCUGACGGCGCGGAAGAAGCAGACGGCGCGGAAGAAGCAGACGGCGCGGAAGAAGCAGACGGCGCGGAAGAAGCAGACGGCGCGGAAGAAGCAGACGGCGCGGAAGAAGCGGACGGCGCGGAAGGAGCAGACGGCGCGGAAGAAGCAGACGGCGCGGAAGAAACAGACGGCGCGGAAGAAGCAGACGGCGCGGAAGAAGCGGACGGCGCGGAAGGAGCAGACGGCGCGGGAGAAACAGACGGCGCGGAAGAAGCAGACGGCGCCGAAGGAGCAGACGGCGCGGGAGAAGCAGACGGCGCGGAAGAAGCAGACGGCGCCAUCCCGAUGGCGCGGGAUGGUGAGAGGGAGGAAGUGGCGGAAGAAGGGCGCGACGGAGAGAGCAAGGAUGCGGGAGGAAAUUGCUCGCCGGUAAGGAUGCGCGGAGGCGGCGCGAAGCGUCACGGGAACAUGACGACAGGUCGUUCGCCGGAAGACAUGCGCAAGGGAAGCGUGAGGCGCUGCGGGAGCACGGAUGCAAACGGAUUGGCAGACGAAGGGCGUGAGGAGGGCGCGAGGCACCGCGGGGGCGCGAAUGCAGACGGAUUGGCAGACGAAGGGCGCGGGGGCGCGGAUGCAGAUGGUACGGUGGACGAAAUAGGUGGAAACAGUGUGAGGCACUGCGGAGGCAAGGAUGCAGGUCGCUCGGCAGACGAAAUGCGAGGUGGCAGCGCAAGGCGCCGCGGGAGAGCGGAUGCAGACAGCUCGCCAGAACGGAUGCGCGGGAGUGGCGGGAGGCGCCAAGGGAACAUGGCGGCAGAUCGUUCGCCAGAGGAGGUGCGCGAGGGAGAUGCGAGGCGCCGCGGAACCGCAACGGCAGGUCGCUCGCCGGACGAUCUUCGGGAGGACAGCAGGAAAAACCAUGCGCCAAUGGGACGGUACAGCUCGCCUGAGCUGCGAGGACGUGGGAGGAGACGCGUGGCGAUGGCCGCGCGGCGAUCGCCAGAGGUCCGGACGGGGAGCGAGGGGAUUGUGAGGAAAGAGAUGGGUGGUGCUCACCAGAGAGAGGAGGGGGGCGUGAGGAGGGACGCAUCAGGGAAGGUGCACGACGAUCGCUGGGCGCAACAAGGGCAGAAGAAAGGGGGAGAGGGAACCGACGGCGGCGGGAAGAUGUGGAGCGAGAAAGGCGGUAUCAGGAGCACUCGCAUGAUGGGAAGGAAAGGCGGUGGGACGGAGCAGAGAAGCGGAGAGCGGCUUACGAGAGAGAGCGAGGAAGGAGUCCGAGUACAAGGGGCCCGAGGGGGUGAUGGCAAUCAGGAGGAGGAUCCGAAGGAGCCAGAGCGGCCAGAGAGGGGACAGAACGGGCGCUGUAUGGGGCAAGCUCGGGCAGCAGGGGAACAAGGAAAAGGGGUGAAGAGAAGCAGAGUAGGCGACGGGAAAUGA